CGUUUCUCAGCUGUUGAUGGUAAAGAUUUUGGCGUCCAUCAUUAUUACUUGUUUGUCAACAGAGUGGUUAACUUUCCGCAGCUCAUUUACCAACAAAAAAAAGUGAUGGUAAUGGCUGCACCACCAAGUCCCUACGUCGUCGGACGGGAGUUUGUCCGGCAGUACUACACCCUCUUGAACCAGGCGCCGAUGCACCUGCACCGCUUUUACAAUGAAAACUCCUCUUUCGUGCACGGGGGGCUGGACACGCCGAACCGGGAGACGAAGCCGGUGAUCGGACAGCGGCAAAUCCACCACCGCAUCCAGCAGCUCGACUUCAACGACUGCCAUGCCAAAAUCCGGCAGGUGGACUCGCAGUCGACGCUGGGCAACGGCGUCGUCGUGCAGGUGACCGGCGAGCUGUCCAACAACGGCGAGAUGAUGCGUCGCUUCACGCAGACCUUCGUGCUGGCCCAGCAGUCGCCCAAGAAAUACUACGUUCACAAUGACAUCUUCCGCUACCAAGACGAAAUGGUCAAUGACGAAGAAUCGGACGCUGGACUCAAGGACGAAGACGCGUCGGACACCUCUAGUCAAGCAGCCAGAUCGCAAGGCGCACCUGCCAUCGCCAACUUCUACCAGAACAGCACGCCUUUGAUGAAUGGAAAUGUCGAGAUCAUCAAUGAAGCACCUCUGGCAGCCGUGAUUACCGAGGAGAUUGAAAAGCCGCAGCGGCCCAAACCGAAGGUGGAACCGGUUGAGGAAAAGCAGCAGCAGCAGCAGCCCGAAACCCCCGUCAAGGAGAUCACGGAAGCAGUUCCAGCUGAACAGGUUGGUGUUGCAGCGAACAAAGGCCCAAAGACGUACGCGACGUUGGUCAAGUCCGGCAACCAGGUGGGGAGCCCUUACCCCAACAUGAUGAACGCGGCGGCGCAGGUGUUGCCCGUGGUGGACGUGGCCUCGUACCCUCCCAUCCAGGCAAGGCCUCCGUCCGGCCAGCAGCAACAGCAGUCGGGAAAGCCGGCAGCCAAGCCGCAGCAGUCGCCGCCAAACCAGCAGACGCCACCGAAACCCAAAGGCAAGCCCGUCGAGGAGCGAAAGGAGCCAGUCGAGGGUGAGAAGCGGCGUCUGUCGGGCUCUGGUGGACUUCCCCCGACCGCGACCUACCCGGACUCGCAGCAGAUCUUUGUCGGCAACGUUCCCAUCAGCGCCAGCGAGCAGGACAUCAAGGAAAUCUUUUCAAAAUACGGCACGGUGGUCGACCUGCGGCUCAACAGCAAAGCGCCAGCCAAAGGACAGCCAGGCAAGAUCUUCCCCAAAUACGGCUUCGUCAUCUUCAGCGACCCUGCUGCGGUUAAACUCUGCCUGCAGUCAAAGCCGAUCACGAUGCCGUCGGAGCCGUCGCACGUGUUGAACAUCGAGGAGAAACGCAAUAAAUUCCGGUCGGACGAGCGGCCAAGCGGCAGCUUCCGGGGUGGCAUGGGCCGCGGGGGCAGCAUGGGGCCCGGUGGGCCGCUGGGCAUGCGCAGGAGCAACGAUGGCGGCGGCCGCGGCGGCAGGGGAGGCAGCCGGGGGGGCGGCGGCGGGGGUCUCGGCGGGCUAGACGCAAAGGGCGGCUUCAAAAAUGGCGGGGGCGGCGGUGGGAGCGGCGGGGGUGGCAGCAAUACGUUCGGGGGCGGCAGACGUUGAACGGCGGGCGCGACAAAUCAGUCUUUUUCACACCUUCGCAUUCCUGCCUUAAUAUUUUAGACGACGACGAUAGAAACAGUACUAAUUUUUUACACUCGACCCCCACCCGACGCUCUCGAGUAUUAGACUUUUCAGCUGAUUUUCUAAUUGAUUGGAUGCACUAAAUCAUGUGAUAAUAUUAUACAAAAAAUAUCGUUUCUCAUCCUUGCUAAGAAGUUGACGUAAAUUUUGCAAGGGAAUUCUGCUAUCGCUCCGAUUUAACGUGCAAUUUUCCACUUCAAACGCUUCGUUAUUUUUUUUUUAAAAAAAGUUGAAAAUUUUCAAUGUAGCACUGAUACAUAUCACGCUACAGAAGGGCAAAAUAAUAUACAUCAAAAUUUUAUUGAACCUUUGUGUUUUUUAUUUAGUUUUUAUUUUCGGCUUGGCGUUUAGAGUAUCGAUAAUUUGUUUUAUUUUUAUUCUUCAGAAAUUAAUAGAUUUUUUCGUGCAAGCCACUCAAGGUCCUUAAAUUUAAAAUAAUACAUUUUUAAAGAAAUUAAUUGCGACAGACAAUAAUUAAAAAAAAUUGUCGCAAUAUUUAAAAAAUCGUUAAAAAUCAGGACUUGAUCUAAAGUAUAAAAUAAUCAUGAUAUUCAUUGUUUCGUCUGAUUUAGGGAAGUUUGCAAACCGAAUUUCUUCGUUAUUGGAAGAAUUUUAAAAUUUCCCAGCGACUUCACGCAGAAAAACUUUUGGAAUCACGUGGUUACGGAAGUCUAAUAUUUAAAAUUCAACUGUUUAUCUAUGUUGAAUUUUUGUAAUUAGAUCGAUAAGACGAAUCGGUUGGUGGGCCAUUUUUUACUUACUGAAAACUCAAAUGAGGCCAGUAGAAUUGUUUUUAGAAAUGGGUUGAAAACACUUUCUACAUUCAUCCUUGGUAUUUUUAUCAUAACGAAUAUUUCUUACACAAACAUACUACAAUAUCAAAAUCAAAUUUUUAAUAUUUAAAAAAGUAUCUAUUUUUUAUAAAUUUUGCCUUCAAAGCUCACCUAAAUAUUUUUUUCAUUUGCCAUUUUCUUCUAAUUUCACGUCUGAUGUGAAAAAUUGCAUUUAAAAUCGGAACGAACGUCCCUUGCAGAAUGAAAAGAUAAUAAUUUACGUUACAAGAGCUGCUCACUCGUCAUCGAGAAAUAGCAAUCUCCUAUUUUUUGUUCACUAAUUUAGCAAGCAGAAAGGUUUUUCAUCGGGAGCAUUGAUCAUUCAUUACUCAUCCUCGAAGUUUUAAUGCAAUUAAACACGCUCAUUCAAUUUGUGUUCAUUAUUAUUUAUAAUAUCGCGCAUUCGCAUGAUGAUUUUUAAUGAAAAUAAUUUAUUAACGCAUUGGCAGUGUUUUUUUAUUUUUCAUAAAUAAUUUCAUGAAAGAAUUCCACGUUAAUUAAUUACAGCGAGACUUGGCCUUGUGUGGCAUGAUCUACUUUCUUAGAAUAGCAAUCUCUCGCCACCUAAAUCUGCCGGUGCAGAAUCCAUGAGUUUUUUUUUUUGUUUGUUUGUCUAUAACAUGGAAUAAUUAUUAGCUUUUAACGCUUUAUUAACUUGUGAGAGCUCAAUAGAAAUUAAUGUUUUUGUGAUGACUGUUGUUUCUAUUUCCUCCACUUUCAAAUUUCGCACAUACUCACAAAUCUGUGCUGCUUUUUGUUUUUGUUGAGUCUUCUGAAGUGUAAUUGGUGAUGAAUCAAUAAUUUAAAAAAAACGAACAGAGACGUGUCUUUUCUCCGCUAGAAAUUAGAGUGAAAACGAAAUCAAUACUAUCAGGUUGUACACACACACGCCACUUCCAGAGAAAUGCCUUUUCGGUUACCUAUACUAGCAUUAACAAAAAAAAAAACGAACAAGUUAUUUUCUAUUCCGAAGAAAAAUGCAACUCCAAAAUGUACUUAAAGGCUAAAAUUUGCGCAAAAUCGGUGAUUUAGGAAAUUAAUAUCCUCAUAAUCACGAAUCAGUCUCAUCAUGUUUUUUUGUCUUUAAUAAAAAAAUUACCGCUGUA